CUGGAGCUCCGCUGCACACCCAACCAGGACCCACGGCUGAAAGAAAUACUACUGAAACUGCCUCGAUUUGAAAAAUUUCACCUUACUGAGGAUUAAAUCAGCCAAAAUGGGGAACGUACCAUCAGAACACAGCAUGGGCAACAGCCUGAGAUGUUGCAUUUGUUCUAGAGUUCUACCUCCAUGCCGCAGCUUCAAUGAUUAUUCCCGAGCGACUGUUCAUGGUCAGGAGGUUUACGUGUUCAAUGGAGGUGAAUACUUCAGACAUGUUGGCCACAAUAGUAUCUACAAGUGUGAAUACUGCUUUCACAAGGAAGUCAGGGAUCGAGAGGAAAUGAGAAGAGAAGAGGAGAGGAGAAGAGAAGAAGACCAAAGGAGGAGAGAAGAAGAAAUGAGAAGAGAAGAAGAGCAAAGGAGGAGAGAGGAGGAAAUGAUAAGACAAGAGGAGCAAAGGAGGAGACAAGAGGAGCAAAGGACGAGACAAGAGCAAAUGAGAAGAGAAGAGGAGCAAAGGAGGAGAGAAGAGCAAAUGAGAAGACAAGAGGAGCAAAGGAGGAGACAAGAGGAGCAAAGGAGAAGAGAAGAGGAAAUGAGAAAACAAGAGGAGCAAAGGAGAAGACAAGAGGAGCAAAGGAGAAGACAAGAGGAGCAAAUGAGAAGACAAGAGGAGCAAAGGAGGAGACAAGAGGAGCAAAAGAGGAGAGAAGAGGAAAUGAGAAGGCAAGAGGAGCAAAGGAGAAGACAAGAGGAGCAAAGGAGAAGAGAAGAGCAAAUGAGAAGACAAGAUGAGCAAAGGAGAAGACAAGAGGAACAAAUGAGGAGAGAAGAGGAAAUGAGAAGGCAAGAGGAGCAAAGGAGAAGACAAGAGGAGCAAAGGAGAAGAGAAGAGCAAAUGAGAAGACAAGAUGAGCAAAGGAGAAGACAAGAGGAACAAAUGAGAAGACAAGAGGAGCAAAGGAGAAGAGAAGAGGAGCAAAGGAGGAGAGAAGAGGAAAUGAGAAGACAAGAGGAGCAAAUGAGAAGACAAGAGGAGCAAAGGAGAAGAGAAGAGGAGCAAAGGAGGAGAGAAGAGGAAAUGAGAAGAGAAGAGGAGAGGAAAAGAGAAGAAGAGCAAAGGAGGAGAGAGGAGGAAAUGAGAAGAGAAGAGGAGAGGAAAAGAGAAGAAGAGCAUAGGAGGAGAGAAGAGGAAAUGAGAAGAGAAGAGGAGCAAAAGAGGAGAGAAGAGGAAAUGAGAAGAGAAGCAGAGCAAAAGAGGAGAGAAGAGGAAAGAAAAAGAGAAGAGCUUAAUCAAAGAUUACAAAAAUCAAGGAACCAAGCUGAAAAGCAGCACGAAAAACAAAUUACCGACACCAUUUUACAGGAGUCGAAGAAAAAAGUUCUGAAAGGACAUUUGGAUGAAUUUGAGGCCGAGUCAGAUAAGAGCAGUGAUGAUUUUCUAGCAAUCCUCUCUUUGAAAUGUGACAUUGAGGUUUCAGAUCUGAGUCUCACUGAACUGACAGCUGAUCAGCUGGGGAAGAUCCUCCCAGCUCUGGACAAACUGCUCUUCAGUGAAUGGAUUAUUGAUCCACCGUCUCUCAGCACUCUGCAGCACACCCAGGUCUACGUCACCGAGCUGAGCGCUCUGUCUCUGGAAACUUCUCAGGGAGUUGUCCUACAAGUCAUCUCUGACCACGUGCACUUCCUGGUGGGGUCUAUUGACAAAUCAGCAUCCAAUUAUUCUGAAAGUUUGACACUGACUCAAGCACUAUAUCUCACCUUGAUACACUUCUUGGAUGAGACUGGGGAGUGUAAUGCUGAUGCCGUCCUCAUCGCUAAACAAUGGAUGGGAGACGAGCUCUCCACUGAGAAGAUCUUUGUUGUUGAGUUCCUGAGCGUCCUCACAUCGUCACUGCAGACGGCAGUUGAACGGAGCUCUGUGUUUAUUACAAAGAUGGAAGUAGAAUGCUUGAAACUUCUUUUAUCAGAGCUCACAGAUUCAAUCCAAACCCACUCUGAAACCACAAAAAUUAUCCUAACACUUGUAGAAAAAAACCAAUGGUCUCCAACUGAAGCACUUAAUCUGCUCAAAGAACUGUCACAGAAAUGUGCACAAGACGAUUCAGUGGUUAAAGUCUUGACAUUGAUACAAGUGAAUGACGUAUCUCCAGACUGGACAGAUGAACACGGGCACUCUCUCACACAGGUCCUUGGUAAUAUGGACAUCCAGGAUUUCCAAAAGAUUCUCAGAAGGAAAGAUGAGCACAGUCUACUUUCAGCUGUGGCAGAGUUAAAAAUGUCACAGAAUUUGGAUGAUGAUGAAAUUAGUUUCAUUAAGAACAUCACCACUGGUGUUGUAAAACAUUUAGAAAAUGUACCAACAAAUUCUCCAUCUUCAAGAUAUUCCUUAAAGGAUGGAGCCUUGGAUGAAGAUAACAUACAGAACUGUCUCUCUCUUCUCUGUAAAGCAGUUUUUGACACAAAAGGCUGGUGGCCUACAGUGAAGCACAUGGUGCACUGGUGUGUACUGGUGAUAAAAAAGAAGACUGGAGCACCACAACUGGUUGGAAUAGAAGAAGACCCAUGUGUCAUAGCAAUGUUUGCAGCCGCAUGUGUCUACAUGGGACACAAACUGGACAUUGUUCUGAGCUCUGUUGAUCACUCAAAAGAGCAAUCUGAGGAGUGGUCGGCCUUCUACAACAACCUUGGAAUUUCUCUAAACACAAACAUGAAGACAGACGCAUCACUCAGAGAUGUCUAUGGAGCAGACAUUGUGUAUGGUGUAUUGGAUGACUUUGUUUCUGAUUACUUUCAGCAUGGCAAAGACGUGAUGGAAAAUAGACAUCCUCAGCUAAUUCGAGGUUUCAUCAUCGAUGCAAAAAGCUUAAGUUCUUUGGAAAAACUGGAUCUGUCAAAGCUCAAACAGAAGGAAUCUGAAGUUGUUGCUGCAGAAUUAAUGGAGACCCUCGUACACAAGUUCCAAAGUGAAGAAAUGGGAUUGAAAUGCAGAUUUAUCAAGGGUCUUUUUCAGGGUCUCCACACAAAUCUAAUCGAUACAAACACCAAGAGUGAGUUCAUCCAGGUCUUUAAUAAAAUUACUGGAAAGCCAUUGCUUUCCAAUCAGAUCUUCGUUUUGACCAUUGUUGAAAAUCUCCUCAAAGUGCUUACGAAUGAAUCAGUAGAUGGGAAAAUCAUGACAUCUGCUGCAAAUCGAUGGUGUUUGGAUGUCUUGUUCACCUGUGCAGAGCAAUUCCAAGGCUCAAAGGAAGAAGCAAAAGAAGUCUUUCAAGUGGCUUCCACUCUUGGCGUGCCAUCACUUUGGUCACCAACAGAGAUCUUGAGCCUCCUUGGAGCAUUAACUCACCACCAUCAUGAUGAAGACUGCAUUUCCAUCAUGAAAGUUUUACAUCGGAUGUCAACAUACCAGGUUUCAUCCAAGUGGACAGACGAGAGAAACCGAUCUCUCCUUGAGCUCAUAGAUUCACAUACAACUGAGAAUCUCAUUCAACAUUUAGAAAAGAGCUUUGCUAAUGAAAAAUGCAAAAGUGUUGACAUGCUCUUUAAUGAAAUACGUCAGAUGAAAGACAUAGAUGAACAGACUCUGAGUAAAUCUGAGACUGUAGUAACUUAUGUAACAAACCUCAUCAAAAGUGGUGAUAUGGACAAACACAAAGAUGUACAGCGAGCAAAGUCUCUGGGUCACAGUCUGGAAACAGAAGACCUUCAAGAAGUCCUGGCAGUUUUAUGCAAUGCUGUUCACCUACACAUAGCUAAAGGGAAGUGGUUUCCUAGGGCUACCCAGAUGAUGAGCUGGUGUCUCUUGGCCUUAUCUGAUAAUGGGAAACUCUUGGAAAUGGGAACUGGAGAAGGCAAGUCUUGUGUCAUAGCCAUGUUUGCAGUGCUGCGUGUGCUGAGAGGUGAAAAAGUAGAUGUGGUUUCCAGCUCUUCGGUCUUAUGUCAAAGAGAUGCAGGAGAAUGGAGUGAGUUCUACAACUACUUUAACAUUACUGUUGACACAAACACAAACAAGACAGAAGAUGAGGAUCGAAAAGAAUGCUACCAGAAGGAUGUGGUCUAUGGAACCAUUGAUGCCUUCGCCGCAGAUCACCUUCGCCAGAUAUUUGAGAUGAAGGAUGUGAGACCUGAUCGCAGCUAUCAGUGCGUUAUAAUUGAUGAAGUGGAUUCCCUUCUGCUGGAUCAGGGAGUGCAGCUGACCUACCUGUCCAGCCCCAUGGUCUCCAUGGAACACCUGAACACCAUCCUCGCCAUGAUCUGGGGCCACGUUUCUCAGUACGGCUUUCUGUCCUCAGGACAUAGGACAUUUGUCCAGGGUCCUCCAGCCUCAUUCUUCAAGGCCGUCUUUGACUCAAUCAACACAGAAGAAACUGGAAUCGAUGACCCAAUGGACAUUUUAAAUAUUGCUGAACAAACCAACACUGUACCAAUGGGGUUUACAGAGGCGAUCUUCAAAAGUGAGAAGAACCUUCCUGACCAACUCAAAACUGUGAGUCAGGAUGCCAUGGUUGAAUUUUUUGAAGAAUUGGAGGACUAUAUCCCUUAUGGGUUUACCAUUUACACUCCAGACGAUAAGGGAUUGCUCUGUCUCAGAAAGGUUAGCCCGUACAACAAACACCAAAUCCCAGAGCUGACGUUUCUUGUCUUGGAGGAAGGCUUGUGUUGUCCUCUCUAUGACUCAGAAGAAAGUCUUAUCAGGCCAAUUGCAGACUUUAUCACAGAGAAGAUUCAGUACACCCCGUGUACAAACAACAAAUACAAAAUCAGCAUCCCCGGAUUCUUGAAAAGUCUGAUUGAAAGCAAAGUGUCCGCGUGGGUUCAGAAUGGCUUUCUGGCGAUGCAGCUGAGGGAAGGACGGGACUAUGUUGUUGAAAACAACAAUGUCUGUCCUGUGGACUUCAGAUCUACUGGUAUUGUAGAACUGAAUAAGAAAUGGGGCGAUGGCCUGCAACAGUUUGUUGAGAUUAAACACCAAAUCAAAUUGAGCACAAUUUCAACAGUUACAAACUAUAUUUCUAACAUAUCCCUUUUUAAGAAGUACCAGGGAAAGAUAUAUGGAACAACAGGAACACUUGGCGGCAAAACAGAUAUUCUGUUUUUGCAGGACUUAUAUCCAAACCUGUCUGCCUGCAAAAUGCCAACUUUCAACAGGAAGUUGUUGUUUGAGGUCAAAGGUACACUGAAGAAAUCUGAAGAGUGGAAAUCUGAAAUAAAACGUACAGUCAUGGCUCAGAUCUCGCCAAAUUCCUACAGGGGUGGAAGAGCAGCCCUGGUAAUCUGUGAAACCAUCAACAAAGCCAACGAGAUCUACGAAGACCUGAAAAGCAAUGUCCCAGGUGAAAUAAUUCUCUACUGCCGCAGUGACAAAGACAGUUUGAGCAAAAUGGAAAAGGAACUUUUUCCUGGAGACGUCAUUGUUGCCACAAACCUGGCUGGGCGUGGCACAGACAUUAAAGUGUCCAAACAGGUGAACAAUAACGGGGGACUCUUUGUGAUUCUCUCCUUCCUUUCAGAGAACCAAAGAGUGGAACUUCAGGCUUUUGGUCGAACAGCACGGAAAGGCAAACCUGGAUCUGCACAGAUUAUCACUAUCACUGAAAAUCUGCAGCAAGAUUUCAGUAUGGUGACAUCUCUAGAAGAAGUGAAGAGAAACAGGGACAAAUGUGCAGUGGAAAAGAUAAAUAGCAUGAUGGAUGAUGUCACAGAGAUGAAUCUGAGAGAGGAACUGUUUUCAGAGUACUGUGAAACACUUCAACAGAUUUACAGAGACACAGCUGGAGAUGAAAAAAGAGCUGUUGUGGCCGUCAUGAAUGAGUUCUGGGGGAUCUGGCUGCAAAUUCAUUCAGAAGACAUUGAACAGUUGAAGAGAGAUGAACUGCAACUGAGACUAAAAGAUGAUUUGUCAAAGGCAAAAAGUCAGUCUGAAAAUCAGACUUCACCUUCUUCUAGCAUUUAUCACUACAUCAAGUUUGGAAAUAUAGCACUAGAUAAAAAACAAUGGGACGUCAGCACCAAGCUCUUUGAAAAAGCCAUGAAUCAAGAUGAAAGCUGGGCAUCCAUUGCUUUUUACAAUCAUGCAUACUGCACAAUAAUGCAGAGGAAUCCAGAUUAUCUCACUAAUGCAAUAACAGAUUUGAGAAAAGCACAAGAUUCUCUAGAAUAUCUCACUGAAGAAAGCUUGAUCUGUUUGCAGUUUGUGAAAAUGGCUACUGCAACCUCAACCAACAAUGACCCAACCAGCCUUGAAAAGCAAUUCACAACCAAGUGCAACAUGUACAAGUCAUUUGAUGAGAACAUCACUGAGGCCAUCAAAAAGCUGGAGGAAAUUCGUGACAAGGAAAAGGAUGCAUUGGCCAAAAAAUCACCAGUCUUCUCCCUGGUUUCAAGUGCUGAUGAAGAACUCCAAGCUGAAGCUUACAACCUCUACAAUAAAGGUAUGAAAUAUAUAUUUGCUGUGGAAGAAGAGCCCACAUUCUGGGGUGCUCUGGUGGUGCUCUUUCUUGGAAUUCUUCAGAUUGUUGCUGGAGUAUUGCUCACAGUGUUUACAUUUGGUACUCUGGCUAAGGUUGGCAUGGGACUCAUCACUGAAGGCAUAUCAGACUGUAUCUACGGUAUAGAGGCCCUUGUGACAGGAGAGUUCAGCUGGAAGUCAUGGGCUAUAGAGAAAGCCAUUUCAAUCGGUAUAUCACUUAUUUCCUUUGGAGUUGGUAAGUUGAUAAAGUUGGUAAAACAGGGCUUCAAAGCUUUCAAAAUGGCACUAAAAGGUUUAGGGAAAAAGCUGAAGGCUUUGCCAAAGUUUCUCUCCAAGCAGGCUAAAGCAAGCUUCAGUCAGGUCACAAAAACAAGCAUGAAGAAUGCAAUAAAAAGCAGUUCGAAACUAAUUGUGAAGGAAGUCAUUUUUAAAGGACUUGAGAAGGCACAAGACGCACUACUGAAGGAAAUACUGGAAAGAAUCAAAACAGAUUUGUCAAAGAGAAUUGUUGAACAAGUGAAAACUAACAUAGACAACAACCCCUUGAACACAUUGGUAGACUCUAUUAUCCUCUCCCACCUCGAACAUAAGGAACAACUCAACGAUCUAUUGAAGGACAAGGACAGAAGGAGUGACCUGCUGUUUAUUUUCAAACGAUACAGCAAAACUGCUCUACAACCAUUUAAGGCUGACCUGGACUGGCAGAACAAGCUCAACUCAUCCAUAAUCAAAAUAAUGGACGCAGCUAGAGCUCAUACUACAGGAAAAGCACAUACAAUUCUAACCAUCAUCAAAACUGUCCACUACGGGAUCCUGGCAGCAGAUGCCACUGCUGCAGUACUCACUCUGUCCGACAAGUUUUUCUUAAAACUUAAGGAGGAGCUGAAUUCUUUUAAAAAAGAACGCUCUAUGACAGAGAAAGUUGAGAUAAAUGACCUGUCAUCUUCAGAACUUGAGAUGCUGAAAGAAUUCAAGCAGGAGUUGGCCGGCACCAUCAGUGAAUUACUGGCUGAUGCUUUAGUGGAAGUGUCCCGUCAGAAGUUCUUCAGUCACAUUGUUUCUUCUGUUCAAGGUAAAGUGAAUGACGCCAUAAGGGAAAAAGCAGAAUCUGGCUUUAACAAAGUAAAGGAUAAAUUCAGAGAUCACCAGAAACAAAAAGCAGCAAAAGCAAGUAAACUCUCAAGAUCACAUGCAGAGAAAGUCAAGAAUCCUAAAACAAGCGGGACAAUUCUUGAUGUCCAAUUCCUGUCAGAGGUCACUGGAACUAAAGCUGUCAUACUAACACAGGACAGACGUGGCAAACUUACUAAAAUGCAAGUGAUGAACCCGACCAAUAAACCUGCCAGUCAAACUGUCACACUGAUCUACACACCAAAGAGUGCCCAAUAUCCCGAUGGCCGUUAUGAUGCGUUAAUCAAUAACACGCUCAUAUUCAUAUGCGGCAAGACCUCACUCUUUCAUGCUUUUGCACAAGGCAUUAAACCAAACGCUGGUCAACAUGAGGUCACAUUGGAAGCGAACCGGCUCAGGUCCAUGGAGGCUGCUGCUCUGCUCAGAAACCCCGGCCAAUGGGAGGGUUUAAUCAAGCGCUCAGAGUGGACUCAAAGAGUCAGAGGUGGAAACUGGUACAUGGCAGAGGGAGCUGAACCAAACAGGAUCAUCAAAGACAGCAAAACAGUAACCAUACCAGGGGAUUGGAAAGUGAGACAAUACAAGGAAUGGCAAAAACAUGCAACUCAAAAUCCAGAAAUUGGAAAAAUCCUUAGCAUACCAGUCCGUAGUAUGCUGGAAGCUAAAAACAUGAACCUGAGUGGCAAACUAGCACAGUCUAUGCUUAAAGAGAGAGCAAAGUCUUCUCCUCUGGAUCCCAACCUGAUAACGGAUGUGCAGAAAUAUCGUGGCCAUGAAUUUCCAGCUGUUUAUGGGCCUAAAAAGGCACACAGUCCGUUUGCAGAUUCAAAAUAUGAAGACUUUAGAUCAAACUUGGCUAGGACCAUGAGUAAAGAUGAUGUUGAGGGAACAUUCAAACUGACAAUCCUCGGUGCGAUGAUGAGACAGCUGGACGGCGGCAGCAGCUCAAACAUCCUGCAGAUGAAGAGGAAGAAUACGAGCAGGCUGGCCAUGUUUGAUCACAGUUUUCAGGAACAAAGUCUGAAGUUGGUGGAAGGAUGGUUUAGCCGGCUUCAGGGGUCAGGGGUCAUGACGGUCGACCAUCACGUCACCAUGACGACCUGGAUCAAAAGAAAGGGCUACAGGGACCGAAAUGAUCCACACACGGUCCAAAUCACCAACUUCCUGCAGUGAAAAGUUGUGACCAUGUGAGGAGAAACAACCGCAGGGUCGUGGACCUUCCUGGCGGUCGUAACGAGGCCUCUCUGGAUUGGUGUCCAAAACACUUCAUUUUCUAUCUGUUUUUGAUUGAAAUUCAUCUUAAGUUUUACUUACUGUUGAUGGGCUCAUUGCAGUAAACUAAAGUCAAAAGUUAAAGACCAGCAGCAAGUACUUUUCCAAAACAGAAGUAGACACAACCAGUUUUUAGAAACCACUUUGCUCUGUGUGUCGCAUUAAUAAUCACACACAUUUUAUGUGGAAAUAGAAACCUUACUGUAGAUAAUGUUAUGACAUCGUCAGUAAAGUACAUCAUCAUCAUUCAUUAUGAUGAAAGAAAUCUUACCACAUGUUGAUGCAAUUUUAUGGAAGCUUUGAAUUAAAACUUAUUUUUUAUGCUUGUACAUGAAUCCUGAGCAGACGCUCAAAAGGAAAAACUGGUGUUUUUUUAAUGAUGAUCUAAAUCAGUGAUUCUUAACCAUAGGGCCGCGGCCCACACUUGGGCCGCGAGCGCCAUCUAGUGGGCCGCCAAAAAAAAUUCAGUUUUGUACGUGUGGGCCGCGGGGGCCGCGGGACUGCAUAGCAACUCCCAACCAAAUGAGGAGAAGACACUCAGCUAGCUGUACGUGUAAUAGUAAGAGAAAUGGUGUGUCUUUACAGAGAAAAUCCUUCAUUUUGCACAGAGUAGGUUUAGAUCCGCCAGGAUUAGGGAUCGAUUACUUGGGUCUGCGCCCAGAGCGAGCGAGCGCGGCGUGCUCAUUUAUCCCGGCGCGUCCCCGCGGCCGGGGAGGUCGGCUGAGGCUGCCGCUCGGGCGGUGGGCUCCGUCGUUACUGGUGAAAGAUGGUAGAUGUAGAUGCGUGGGCUGUCGUGUCUGCUGGACUGGACUGUUCGGGCUUUCGAAAAAGCAUCAGAAAGUAAAGUGCUGCAGCGCGACCAGAGAGCUGCGGUGCGGGCUGUGCCCGUCGUAGCUGAUCAGGCUCGGAUGAACCCGACACACUGAGUCCUGACAACUUAUUAAUGUAAAUAACUAAGUAAAAUCAAACUAAGUUUUGUCCUCGCUGUAUUUUUAAAUAUGCAACCCGGAAUGGACAAAUUCAUCCUGUUCAGUCUUCCCACUGGGACAAAACCAGUGUCUCAUACGUUCAGAGACCGUGGCGUUCAAAGUGCCAAAGUGAAACGCCACUGAAACAAAACACAACGUUUUUCAUCAAACAUAUCCACUCAAGUCUGAACUGAAGUCACAGAAAAAUAAGCUGAGCAUCUUAAAACACCCAUGUUUGGGUCCAGAUACAGCUGUGAAGCAGCUUUCUCCACAGUGAACAUAAUUAAAACUAAAUAUCGUUUCAGGCUCAUCAAUGAGCACCUCCACAUGCAUAUGAGAACCUGAACCUGAACCUUAAAUUGUUAAGAUGUGUUUAUAUUAAUUUAGUAUAAAAAUGUGUUGAGACAAUUAACAAAGAAAAGGGGGAAUUCAAACUGCUGGUAGAGAAAUAAAAUAAGAUAGCAUUUGAAAAAUAAAAUAAAAUCUACUUUAUUUUUAAGAGAAAAAAAUAUGUUUAAUUCAAGUUAAACAUGUUAAUUGGCAAAUAUGUACUUUUUUAAUAUAACAGUCAGAUGCAGAUGUUGAUACAACUAUGAGGCUACUUGAAUAUAUAUAUAUAUAUAUAUAUAUAUAUAUAUAUAUAUAUAUAUAUAUAUAUAUAUAUAUAUAUAUAUAUAUAUAUAUAUAUAUUAUGAUGUUCUGGACCUUCGCUUGAGUAAAUUUUCUCUAAAUGGACCUCUUAAAGUUGAAUACCCCUGCUAUACAGUGUUAAUAUUUAACGGGCCCCGGGCCACUCUGUACUGAAAAAAUUGGGCCCCAAGGUCAGAAAGGUUAAGAACCCCUGAUCUAAAUGACAUAGUUAGUGAUCCAGUACCAGUUUUCUAGUUUGUGUGAAUAAGAAUAAUAAUUUUUAAAGUCACAGUAUUUGAAUAUUGAUAGAAUCAUAUAAGAGAAUGUUUCGGUUCAGUGUUGGACUCUGAUAUGAGCUCCUACUCAUGCUGGCACUGACGAAUUAUUGUAAUUGGGGUUGUGUUCCCUCAGCUUUUUUUUGUCAUGGUAACAAAUUGCUAUAGCGUGGUAGAAAAUCAAUCGUUUCAAGAACUUCUCUUUGCAUUCAAAAUAGACAUUUUACUUACCUGGAAUGUUUAAAGCCAUAUUAUGUAGAAAUAACACAUUGACAUCAUGUAACAAUAAAGUUUAUGUCAGCUGCAUCACCAACAACAAAGUGCACUUAUUGUGGGACAAAGUGAUAUUACAAGAUGUGGCAGAUCGGCCUCACUCAUUAUCAUUAUUAUUAUUAUUCUUAUUAUUCUUAUUCUUAUUCUUAUUCUUAUUCUUAAUAAUAAUAAUAAUAAUAUUAUUAUUAUUAAUAUUAUUAUUAUUAUUAUUAUUAUUAUCAUUAUUAUUAUUAUUAUUAUUAUUAUUAUUAUUAUUAUUAUUAUUAUUAUUAUUAUCAUUAGCUCAGUAUCGUCGGUUGGUCUUUCUUCAACAACGCAGACCCAUUGGUUCCCCAUGUGGUCAGAAGUGGUAUUACUACAAAAACGGGUUUAUCAGCUUGUUAGUCAUUUGCUGUAAUCAUAUUAUGUUAAUUGUCUUCUGGAAUUAAUGGUGUGUUGGAAAAAGGGGAUUUUCAUCCAUUUAAUGGAAACAUAUCAAUAUAUGAUAAGUUUGUCAGAUUUUUUUUCGUCUAAUGUAUUUUCUUGAAUUAUUAUCCUACAACAAUUAAAUCCCUUCUAUAUUGUACUACAUUUCAUAAACGGUUUUACAUGUUGAUUUUGCAUAGUAAUAAGACAUAAAUGAAUUUACAUAAAAUGUAAUAAUUUUAAGGUUUCUCUCGGGGAACAGACAUGAGGGGGAUCGUCGACUCAGUUAAUCAUUGUUUUCUCUGUAACAACUGCAAAGCAUUUGUUUGGUGAUGGGUCAUUUUCAAAUGAAUAAAUAUAUUCACUUUCA